AUGAUCCUGCCGAGUGAGUCACAUUUCACGCGGCUCGUCACCAAAGCUCACCAUCGACGGACGCUGCACGGAGGUGUGCAAAUGACGCUGAGUUCCAUCCGGCAGGAGUUUUGGAUACCCCGAGGUCGCUCACUUGUAAAGGGCUGCAUCCACCGCUGCUUAAUCUGUCUGCGAUGGCGGGCGGCCUCGCCGCAGCCGCUCAUGGGGGACCUGCCGCCGCCCAGGGUGACCCCAUCUCGCCCGUUUCUUAACACGGGCAUCGACUAUGCCGGUCCAGUAUGGCUGCGGACGUCCAAAGGCCGAGGACACCACGCAGCCAAAGCGUUUAUUACUGUCUUUAUUUGUUUGAGUUCCAGAGCCGUUCAUUUAGAUGUAGCGUCGGACUACUCCGCGGAGGCGUUCCUGGCCGCCCUACGCCGAUUCGUCGCCCGCCGAGGCCUGUGUCGCGCGCUUUAUAGCGAUUGCGGGACGAACUUCGUCGGAGCCGACGCUCAGCUGAAAGCCUUGUUCUCCGCUAGCGACCAGGAAGGCCGACGAAUCGCAGCACGCGUCGCAGAGGAAAGCAUACAGUGGCAUUUCAACCCUCCGGCGGCGCCUAACUUCGGCGGAAUUUGGGAGGCCGCCGUGAAAUCAAUGAAGUUGCACUUGAGGCGGGUCAUAGGCGAAACGAAACUAACGUACGAGGAGAUGGCCACCGUCCUUGCGCAAGUCGAAGCGUGCUUGAACUCACGCCCGCUCCAAGCCCUAUCAGAUGACCCGGAGGACUUAGCCGCGCUGAAGCCGGGCCACUUCCUCAUCGGCUCAGCACUCAAAGCAGUACCCGAGCCGUCUCUAGCCGAGGAGUCAACGAGCCGUCUCUCCCGGUGGCAGCUGCUGCAAAGGAUUCGGGAUCAAUUCUGGGACCGGUGGUCAAAGGAAUAUCUCCACACGCUGGCGCACCGGCCAAAAUGGGUCAAAGCUAGCGAAGAAAUUCAGGUCGGCCGAUUGUGCCUCCUGAGGAGCGAAACGACCCCACCGACGAAAUGGCCUCUAGCGAGAAUCGAGGAGCUGCACCCCGGGGGAGACGGCCACGUCCGCGUAGUCUCCGUUCGAACGGCUACCUCGCGCUUUACCCGGCCCGUGAGUAAGCUCGUUCUCCUCCCCGUGAGCGCCGCGCCUGAGGAUGACGUCCGCUAA